UUCAAUACUUAUUUGUUAUUAUUCAGAGUUAACAAAUUGGUGCUAUUAAUAUUCUUAUUGAAAGUUUUUAUUUUAUCUUUUUGUUUGAUUUUGAAAAACAUUUCUAGGGUUUUAUGAAAAAUAUGAAUAAGGAAGUUCAUUACGAAGGGUGGUUGAUAAAAUCGCCACCAUCGAAACGAAUAUGGAGAUCGCGUUGGCGUCGCCGUUGGUUUACUUUAAAGCAAGGAGAAAUUCCGGAGCAGUUUUGUCUCGAGUAUUAUACGGACCGCAAUUGUAGAAAGCUCAAAGGCAUAAUUGAUUUGGAUCAGUGCGAGCAAGUUGACUGUGGUCUUCGAUUGGAGAACAGAAAACAAAAGUUUCAGUACAUGUUUGAUAUUAAGACUCCUAAGCGUACCUAUUAUUUAGCCGCCGAUUCUGCAGAAGACAUGCGCGAUUGGGUUAAUUGUAUUUGCCAAGUAUGCCACUUGCAUGAUACCAACCAUUCAUUAGAAUAUCCAGGCAAAUGGCGCUCUUCAAACAACAAAAACACACCCACCAGAUCAGCCAGCAAUAGUGCGUUAUCUGACAAUAAUAAAGAAAUAAAAAAAGAAGAACUAUUUGUUACAAUGCCGCCAGCAUCUUGCAAUAAGGUAUAUGAAAACAGUGACUCAACGUAUGUGAACUCUGAACACAAGAGUUGUAUGGAGCUGAAUAACUUACGUUCAAAUUUACACAACAGCGAUACGAGUAGCAUCAAUGCUAAAAGUUCCGAUAAUAGUGUAAAAAUUUAUCUUAAUGCAUCAGAAUUAUCGAAACUAAAGGAAAGGAAUGCAGAUCGUUUUCAAACGAGUGGGGCAAUUAGAAAAAUUCCAGAAAAUUUAAAAAUACAAGAUUCACCUCUCUUUGAAUCGAUACCACAUAGUGUUCAACCUUCUCCUGCAUUGAGCACCUCUUCUGGGCCAUAUAUUCCAAUAAGUGAAUGUUUCUCUGGUAUACCAAAACAUCUCGAAAAUCCUAUUACUCCACUAAAUAAUCUGGAUCCAAAAUUUUACGAUACACCCCGCAGUCAUAAUAAUAUUGGAUUAAACCUGACGAGUGACCAAUCAUAUUCACCAAAAAUUACUAAUUGUAAUACACAACAAAUUACUGCCUCCAAGGAUGGCGCGCCGGUCCUGAAUCGUUCAGACUCAGAUUCUGAGAGCGUAUUCACAGAUGACGAUGAAUGGACGUAUCCGAUGCCUCUGCGAGAAAAUGUUGAUCGGAGUACAAGGCCUUCCGAUAGUUCUGUUGAAAAUGAGUCUUUUGUGUUAACGUAUUCGCAGCGAUUUUCUAAAAUGCCUGAUGAUGUCACAGAAAAGGUUUACGAUAUGAAAUAUAAUGUAGACACAGAAAAUAAAAAUCAACUGGAUAGAAUGAGCAUCUACAAAAACAAACGGAACCUAUCUCUGGAUAUUAAAAACAAUGAAAGAACUUUAAGAGAAGUGUUGCAAUUAUCUGAUACCGAGAACACUUCGCCAGCAAUCGGACCACAAGAUGCGAGUUCAUUAGUUGACGAAAGCUAUGACAUACCAAGAUCACAUCAGCUGCCAUAUCAUAACAUAGAUCAAAUGUUUAAGGAAAAAAUUUGGAGUCCUGAAAACGCAAGUUCUACGAAAAUUUCUAAAUCAAUGGACGCAAUUGCCGACCCGAAAACUGAUGCUCAAAAAAGUGUGCAAAAGCAUUUCUAUACAAACGCGGCUCCAAAUAAAUUGGAAGGAAACGUAUUUCGUUAUGAUUUUGUUGAUCCUACCAAUUUGCCACCUGUAAACCGUAAACUAAAACCAAAAAUUAAUAAAACAGUUGAUGGAUCGUCAGCAAAUCAAUGUACAUUGGAUAGGGCUAAAAGAAAUACAUUGCAUGAGGAUAGCUUAGCUUUAACACCACCUUCUGUUGACCGAAAUCUGAAACCCAAUGUUUAUAAGUUAGUAAACCCGAUUUCGGUGGAACAGGAACUAAAACGGCCUGUGGAUGUACUAUCUUCAAUAGGAGCGGCAUCCGAAAGAGAGGAAUACAUGAUUGAAACAUCACUUCCAGAUAACAACAAAAUGCAUUUGACUUCCGACAUUUCAGCUUUGCAUCAGCGAUCAGCCUCAAUAACCAGUACGUUACAUCAACCCUCUGUUAAAGUUAAUCCCUUACCGACAAAUAUGCGGGAUGAGCCCCAACUUCAGUAUUUUGAUUUGGACGUGGCAAAUCCACCUACAGUAAAUCGUCAAAGUAUAGGAUGUAACUUAACCAAGCAGGACUCAAAUAAACCAGACUUAUUAUCCAAAGGUCCUCCAACAAGUGGUGUAGUAUAUAAUUCAGUAGAUUUUUUAAAAACUGAAGCUUUUAAGCGUAUAAGAGAAGAACGGAAAAAAGAAAGUGAAGGUGUAGGCUCCAAAUAAAAAGUGCUUUUUUACAUAGAAACAUUUAUUAAAAGCAAAUUCUGCUCAUAUUUCUAUAAUAAAAUAUAUAUUUGUAUCAUUAAA